CGCUAAUUUAGCUUGCUUGCUUGCUUGCUUGCUCGUAUUCAUACAGAUCCCGCCUUCUGCUCUGUGAUUGGCUGGUCUUGUAUCUCUUCUUAGACUGUGAUUGGCUAGCAGUGUCUUUCCUCAUGCGCUAGGAUUGGCUGAUUGGCUGGAGCUCUCCUAGCCGCUGCUCUUCAUCUAGAGAGGCGGAUUUGUUAGCAUGACGACUAGCACAAAGAACUAGCAGGUUUAUUUAGAUUUAUUGUUAGAAACAAAUAUUUUUCUAAAGUUAUCAAUUAAAACAAGUAAAGUGGAUGCGUAUUUAUCAAGUAACGAAUAAAUAUUUCGCGAAUUCUGCUGCCAAGUGGAAACAGAAAUGGAAGCGAGCCGAGAAGUCACUCAGCGGACAUGAGAGCGGCAGGUGUUCAUCCUGUAACCGCACACAAAUCUUCAAACCUCACGCCAUGUCCCGUAACGCUGCCAUGUCACCGACCCAUGAGGCGCCGACCGAGUCUUGAGCUCGUUCUGCGAGGGGCUCGUCCGGCCCACUCAUGCCCGUGAUCCCCAUCCCGAGGCGGGCGCGUUCCUUCCACGGCCCCCACAGCACGUGCAUGCACUCGGCCUGCGUCCCGGCACGCACCUCCCAGCUCCUGCGCACCAACUACAGCAACUUCGACCUGUACCUGAAGUCGCGCUGGACCUACGGCUUCGUGCGCUUUCUCCUCUACUUUGGCUGCAGCCUGUUCACGUCGCUCCUGUGGGUGGCGCUCGCGACGCUGCUGUGCCUCGAGUAUGUGUGCGUGCGCGUCGUCCUGCGCCUCCAGUACAAACUCUCGGUCAUCCUGCUGCUCCUGGGACAUCGCAGGCUGGACUUCGGCGUCCUGAACGAGAUCUUCAUAUACAGCAUGCACAUCACCAUGUUCCUGGUUGGAGGAUUCGGGUGGUGCUUCAUGGUCUUUGUGGAUAUGUAGACAGUCUGAAAAAAUGCGCGAAGUAACACUUGCGCGACGUCCAUCGCGCGCCGAGUGUAGUCGAUCAGCCGAGACGUGUUUGAGGUGUGACGUUCACGUCUUCGGUUUUGAACUAUAGGUCUGAGGCUAAUGCAGGAAACUCCUCAUGAAAGUCUGUCCCACACAAAAUGUAUACAGUUCUCCAUAAACGUGUUUCAGAUCAUAAUCCGUAUUAACUGCGGGUGUGAACCGCACUCUUUCAGACGGUACAGGACGGGGUACGAUACGGUUAAACCAGCAACGAUUCGGUACACUUCAAUUCGAUUCACUACUGAUCCGAUAUGAUGCGGUUCAGCACUGAUUCAGAUUUAAUUCGCAUUGAAUUCAGUUGAGUUAAAUUUGUGUUUUCCACCACAGGAAAGUCUCUCUCUUUCUCUCUCUCACACACACACGCACACGCAUCGAGUUUCGAAGGCAGUACUGCUUACUAACCGUUUUCCUUUUCAGUUCGCAUCUUCGCCAGUAAACCGUUUCGUAGACUGUAUAUUAUUAACACUUUUAAAGUUUCAUCCGCUUUCCCUUCAGCAUUUUGAUGCGUUUCCACCUUCAAAAGUUAGUGGGCGGGGCUUAGGAAGCGUCAUGAUCUCUUAGGAAAGAAGAUUUACAAGAUGGCCGCCCCAGUAACAUUUCAGCGUUCAGCUACACGGCAAAGUUUUGUUUGUGUGUAAAGAUGACAGGAAAUCAGACUCUGUGUGUGUGUGUGUGUGUGUGUGUGUGUGUGUGUGUUGUGAUUUUUCUUUGAAAUAGACUUCCAUUGUGAGUUAAAUACAUUAGCCUCAUGGCUCCAGUGCAACACUGAAGAGUCAAACGUCACACUCGCGCCAAACACGUCUUGGCUGAUCGAAUACUUUUGGCGUAACGUGGAAGAUUGUGUCAAUUUUUUUUUUUUUACCAAACUAUUCCUUGUAAGUACUUUUAACACAACACUAACGGAUACUAACGUGCCAACUGUUUACUGCAUGAUAAACGCCGGACUUUUUUUA